UGACAAGAAAACGGUUUAUUUGGUCGCUGAAAAAUAAACAAUCAGAUCAGACAAUAAAAGCUUGCAAUUUGUUUUGAAACCUUCAGAACAUGGAAGCGGAAACAAACUAUUGUAGGCGCUCAAGAAGUUGGAACGGUAACUUAUAUUGAAACUACUCUAUGCGUCACGUUUGGCCUUCAAGCUUUAGUGUAGAGGAAAUUCAUUGACACUUACGCUAAGUUUCAGGACGGUUAAACUUUCUGUAAUUCCACGCAUUUAGUGGAGUAUAGUACGAAAUGGAUGUUAAGUUACCACAGAUUUCGCGUACUGAUUGUCUAGCAGAGGAGAAAAAGAAUGGAGCCAAUUAUGAGGAGGCCAUGAACGAGGCUUUCAAGGAGAUAUUUACGAAUCUAAAGGAGAUCGAAAAGGACACCGGCAGAAUGAGGAGACUCAGAGCAGAUUUGGAGAGACGAAGAAGUAGUGCUCCGGCUACAGUCCUCAGAGACCAAUUGAAAGCUUUCAGAAAACCUAAACAAACAGAAAGACAAUUGUCUACACCUUCUUUAACGAGGACAACUUGGUCAAAAGAAGUAAAUGAAAUGUCCACCCGGCUAACACAUAAACCUAGUUCAGGAAAGAGAAACAAAUCAUCUGAAUUACCGACUGCGUCACUUCCGCGGAGAUCAAGAUUGUUGCCGACCACGCGGUGGGUAUUGACUUGUUCUGAAGAGGACGGGGUAUGAACAGUGAGUUGUUUAAGAUCUUGAAAACUCAGGAAAAGUUUUCUAAAUAACGGCUUUGAGAGCUUGGAGCCUUGUAAGGAACGUGCAAUUUUGCGAUGAAAGCGUGCGCUACAGAUCUGUGGCGACUAAGUGUUUAACAUUAUAGUGUAAUGUCACCCGAGUGAAACAGCGUUUUACUCCGUCCUCACUUGUGUUUGCUACAAUAGUUGGAGAUUACUUUUGAAAUCGCUCAAGGUCUUUUUACUAAGCGGCAGAGACUAAGCGGUUUCUUCGUAUUAGAGUUUCUACUUAUUCCGAAGGGCGUCACCACAUGAAACCCUGGCUCUAGACAUCGGUUUUUGAAACAGAGUUUAGAAUAAGUUAGCAAAACCACAUUAUUUUAGAUAAGCCCUACUAUCAGGUGGGUCUAGCUUAAGGUCCUUCCACUGAUUGCCUUAAAUGCGAUAUCUGAUUGAGUCUAGACUAUUAAAAGAAAAGACAAUAUGGUUUAUCUUGAAUAACAUCUACUAGCGGUAAUCUGUCUAAAUGCGGAACAUGCUUUGUUCAAUUGUGGUUUUGUUAAGUCUAUCAGUAACUAGCAGUUUUGUAAACAGAAUGAUUUGCAUUGUCCGUAAAACUAUAUAUAAACAAAUACGUUGACCUAAAAAAAAUUCACGGCCAAGGCCGGGUUGUUCAAAGCUGGCUUUAUCAACCUAGGCCUAGAGUUAGUGCGAAAUUUGAAUUCACACUGUAAAAGCUGAGAAAGCAAGUUCAGUUUAUUUCCUGUCGUCUACAAUUUGAUAAUUGGAUACGCUAAAAGGAUUGAAAAAAAUUAUCCGAGGAAAUGUACCCUGGGUACCAGAGAUUUUUCUCGCGUGCGGCCAAAGGCCGACCUGUUAAAUACAAGAAAAGAAACCCAGGUUUAUAGCGCUAAGCGCGGCCCUCGAACAACUGGUCCAGGUUAAUAAACACCGCAUUGGAAUAUGUAUAAAUUGAUAUCUAGUAUACCCACCUGAGUGUACCAGAAAGACUUCAACAGAUUUAGUUUAUUUACUUAAUUACUGAAGUAAUCCGAGGGACAAGCUUCAUCGGACUUAUUACUUUUGCUUAAUUUCAUUUGCUUUCAUUUGUUUUUCUUCUUUCUGCUUUCAUAUCCUUUCCGAAAAGUGAAAGUAAUAUGUGGGUACUAAGUUUUAAUUGGUUAAAUAUAUAAAAAUUGGAUCGGAUGAUGUACCUCGAGGCUGAUAUUAUUUGCGGCAACUACCUGAGUUUGUGAUCAGUUCAGUUGUAAUUAAGUGUUCAGUAAAUUCAGCAAAUUGCAAUUAAUUUUAAGUACGCCAAAGUUGCCAUAGUAAGUCGGUUUUCGCAUUUUUUGCCCAAACUUUGCAAAAUCAGGUCAAAUUAGAUACUCGCAAAAUGAGAUGUUUUCAAAAUCGAAGGAAGAAGAAAGCCACGACUGAUAGUUCAGUAGCCUUAAGGUAUAUAGUAUCUAACAAUUUUGACAAAUAAUUCUGUGAAAUCUCAUACAGUCGGCUUGUCUAAAGAUAGCAACAAGUCCUGAGGCAAAACGAAAAACUGGUCCAAAAAUGAUUGUUUAUUCUGCUAGGAAAAAAAUUUUAAUUACCGUUAAG